UAUUUUUUUUUUUAAUUUUUAAAUAUCUUUCAAUAUUUUUCAAUAUUUCUUUCUGCACGAAAACAAUUUUCACCAAAUCUCAUAUACACAACAAUCACAAUCGUAACUAACGUUUACGUUGCCAACGUUUAAGGUUUUCAGGCUAACAACGAAUAACCACCGAAUAAAACAACUACGCCAAACCGUUCACUCUCAAUCAAGUUAAACUCAAAAUAACCAGAAAAAGCAAAAAAAAAAAAAAAAAUACAAAACGCCUGCCAACCGAGUAGCACACAACAAUAGAUUGCCGAAAAUAACGAGCGAACACCUUCGAAGAAACAAGUCCAUUAACAGCCAGCUACUUGGUGAACUACUCGAACGUGGACGAAUAAAACUUUUUACACCUGUCUAAAUUUUAUCUAGUGGUUAGUACACUAAGUGAACUACAACAACACAACCAAGCGCAUGGUUUGUUGUAAGUACGAAUUUGCCAGCGCCAACGACAAAACACGAACGCGCACAGCCAAAGUAUUCAUUAAUUGUAGCCUUUAAGUCCUCAAGUCGACUUUAACCAACGAAAGUACCAAAAUGAGUUUAUCACGCGCGAGGGAGACUAAUAAACUUGAUAAUUUAAAAUCUCUGGAUGAAGUUAUUUAUCCGGAAAUCGAACCAGGCAUAAUUAGUAAACAAAUGAUUGACAAAGCAUAUCUGGAAGAUGGUAAGCAAGGAGAAGCGGCACGUCUGCAUCAAAUGGAGCCGGUGGUAUAUGAACGCAUAUCCGUGCUGAGACUGGAAUUUAAAAACAUACUCCGCAUAGAUCAUCUGUGGAUUUUGCCGAAUUUAACAAAACUAUCGUUGAAUUGCAACAAAAUCGAAGCCAUUGAACACAUUGACAUGUUGACUGCGCUGAAGGAACUCGAUUUGAGUUUUAAUUACAUCGAAAAGAUUGAAAAUAUCGAGAAACUUGUUAAUCUUGAAGUGCUCUCGCUCUUUAAUAAUUUAAUAGAGAAAAUUCAAAAUUUAGACACACUAGAAAAGUUAGUAAUACUCAGUUUAGGCAACAAUAAAAUCUCCACCACACAUGGGAUUGAACGCUUUCGCUUUUUGAAAGAUCUGCGUGUACUCAAUCUGGAGGGAAAUCCCAUUGAAAAGAAGGAGAACUUCCAAAUGAACUUAUAUGUAGCAGCCGUGCUUCCCAAUGUAAAAUACUACGAAUAUAAAACGAUUACCGAAGAGAUGCGUCAUAAGGGACAGGAGAAGUAUUUCCGUGAACUACGCGAAAUCGAAGCAAAUGAAGAGAAAGAGAUAUUGGCGCGUGCAGCUAAAGCUAAAGAGGAAUAUGAUGAGAAACGCUUAGCUUCGAGUUUCGUAGAAUAUCUAAAUGAACACCAAUUGUACGAGUCACUAUGGAAGGGUGAUGAAGAUGGACAUGCAUUGCUAAUGAUCGGUCAGCCAGCUACGGAUUUGGCCGAAGAAUAUGACAAUGAUAUCUACGAUGUAACACAGGAUAUAUAUAAGUACGGUUUGGAACGGUUUGAGGAGCGAGAAUUAGAGAUCAAUGAAUUUAAGCAAAACUUGGAAGAAGGACAAUUGUGCAUACAGCAAAUGGGUCAAGAUGUUAUUGAGGAUUUUCUACGUCAUAAGGAGCGUGUAUUUGAACAAGCGACAGCUGUCUUAAAAGCAUUAGAAUUACGCACAUUACGCGGUGAGGAUGAAGAAUCUCCAGAGAGCCUGGAGUUGUUGGAUCAAUUUGAACAAAUAACGGUGCAAUUUGAUGAUACAAUUAACGAGGUAUGGCAACAGCUUAUGAGUCAAGAACUGCAUUUACACGAAAGCAUUGAGGAAUCCACCGUUAAUUUUCAAAGACGCAUUCAGGAGAUGAUGGCGAAAUUCGUCGAGCAGGUACAAACAUUUUUUGGACAAUUGCGAGAUAUUGCCAUACACUUUUCAGAGAAUAUGACAGAAGUGGCCACGCAUUACAUAAAUACCAAGCUAGCGCUGCAGGAUUUCGAUGAUGUUCCACAAGAACUUCUGCACUGCAUGGAAGAUCGGGAAGCUAUACUCAAUUUAAUUGCCGGCAUGAAGGAUACGCAUAUACAACGUAUUGACGAGCGUGAGGAUCGGCUAAUGGUGCGAAGCAGAGAUUUUAUUGAAAAUAUGAUUGACGAAUUAAACAGCGAUGAGUUGGAGCGCAAUAGAGCAAAAAUUCUUGAAAUUAAUUCUUUCCUCGAACUCAUGGCUGAGUCAUUGGCAGCUUUACAAGGCGAGAUACGCGAAGAAGUCAUAAAUGAGGAGGGUUAAAAUACUAGGAACUGCUGACUCAAACAAAACAACUUAAACAUGUAUGUGAUUAAAUUUUAUUUUAAAAAUAAAUGCUAGUUCUACAUACGAAUAUGUAUGAGAAACUAA